AUGGGAGGACACGUGUUCGGGAAGUUAGCGUUCGUGCGGAACGUGAUAUACGUGCGACUGUCCCCUUACGAGCAGAAGGCUUUCCCCAACUACUUGGCCAACACGUGGAAGGGCUUCAAACGGGACUUCAAUUCGGUGGCGCCCUAUGCGGGGCCCGCCUUCCUUCACGCCUACCUCGUCUACCUGUGGGGUGAGGCCGAGAACGCGCGGCUUAAGCGCAAAAACCCGGCUGACUAUGAAAACGACGUCUGA